CUAUGGCAGAUUCACGAAAAAAUAAAGAAAAAGGUCAGUAUAAUCAAUGGGGACCUGAGGAAACAAAAUUAUUGAUCGAUCUACUUGUAGAUGCAAUUCACAGAAACUGGCGUGAUAGUAAUGGUUUAAUAACCAAACUCACGGUGGAGCAAAAAAUUUUACCUGUACUCAAUGAAAAUCUUGGAUGUCAGAAAGAACACAAGCACUAUCUAAGUAGAAUAAAGUAUUUGAGAACCAUAUACCAAAACUAUGUGGAUCUUCAACGCUUCAAUUCAGGAUUUGGAUGGGAUCCUGAAACGAAAAAGUUUACUGCUCCAGAUGAAGUGUGGGAUGAAUAUUUAAAGAAACAUCCUUCUCAUAAACAUCUGCGGUAUGAUUCGGUUGAACAAUUUGAGGAUUUGCAACUCAUAUUUGGAUGUGGUGUAGCGACUGGUGGUUUUGCUAUUGGACUGGGUGAUACUACUGAUGCUCGUACCUUUAGGGUUGGAGAGAGUAAUCAAGUGAAAGAAAACAUAAACCUUCAUCAGAGCACCGAUGAAGUUUUUGAAUUAUCAUCUCAACAGCAAUCAACCGAAUGUGAUAUGCCAUCUUUUCCAGUUCCAGGUUUCAAAGGUCGUGCUGAAAAACUUCAUCCGAGAAAGAGGUCUAAAAGGGAAGCUACUAAUGAUGUAGAUAAGCUGAAAAUUGAUCAGGACGAUGCUAUGAUCAUAGUUAGCAACAAGAUCCUUAGUUGUAAUGUGGGAGAUGAGGAACUUUAUCUUGAGGAUGACGAAGCAGAAAUGGAUAUUAUGUUAUUUGUAUUGGGAAAUACAACCAGAACUUAUGUCAUGAAGAACAAACAUAUUGAGCGUCCCCUUCGUCAGCCUAUCACAAGAACUGGUUACAUUUACAUCCAAAAAGCUCUUAAGGAAGAUCCAGAACACUUUCGAAAAGUGUACCGUAUGUAUCCAACCGUGUUUGUGAAGUUGUGUGAACUUCUCAAACAGCAAACAUCUCUAACUGAUACUCGGCAUAUGUGUCUUGAAGAAAUGGUGGCUACAUUUUUGCUCACUAUUGGUCAAAAUUCAAGAUACUCUUACACAAUGGACACAUUCAAGAGAUCAAAAUUUGCUGCAAAUACAAAUUUUCACAAGGUUUUAAGGGCGUUAAACUCUAUUGCACCAAGUUUGAUGGCUAAACCUGGACUCACAGUACCUGCAAAAAUAAGAGAAAGCACACGAUAUUAUCCUUAUUUCAAGUUUCCUCCUGAAACAAGCAAUGAGGAUAGUCAAGAAAGAAAUUCAGAAGAAAAUGGAAAUGCAGGAGCUUUCUAUGAAGAAAAUGGAGAUGUAGGAACUCUCCAAUCUCAGCAAAGAGAAUAUGCUAAUAAAUGGAGAGACUCAAUAGCUGCUAAUAUGUGGGCAGAAGCUACACAAACAGGAAGUCUACGA